GGUCACGGGAGCUGCUGCCUGCUUCCUCCGUCGCUUCCCUGGCGUCGGGGCUGGAGCGGGGGAUCGAGUUCCUCCCCUGCCUCCUGCCUGCCUGCCGUGGCCAUGGGCGAGCGCCGGGAACGCCCAGCGUCGUGCGGGGCCGCCAGGCCGGAGAGUGACGAGAGGUUAUCCUCAGAUGGUAUUGAAAAUGGUUUAAAAUCGAAUGAGGAGCCUCUUUUACGAAAGAACCCUCAUCGAUUUGUCAUCUUCCCAAUUCAGUAUCCUGAGAUAUGGAAAAUGUACAAGCAGGCACAAGCUUCCUUCUGGACAGUGGAAGAGGUUGACUUAUCAAAGGAUCUUCCUCAUUGGCACAAGCUGAAACCAGAAGAAAAAUACUUUAUUUCACAUAUCCUGGCUUUUUUUGCAGCUAGCGAUGGAAUUGUGAAUGAAAACCUGGUACAGCGUUUUAGUCAAGAAGUGCAGGUCCCAGAGGCUCGCUGUUUCUAUGGCUUCCAGAUACUAAUAGAAAAUGUUCACUCCGAGAUGUACAGUUUAUUAAUAGACACUUACAUCAAGGAUCCUGAGAAAAGGGACUUCCUAUUUAAUGCUAUUGAAACAAUGCCGUACGUCAAGAAGAAAGCAGACUGGGCACUGAAGUGGAUAACCGACAAAGAAGCCUCUUUUGGGGAAAGAGUGGUUGCUUUCGCUGCUGUCGAGGGGAUCUUCUUCUCUGGGGCUUUUGCGGCUAUAUUUUGGCUCAAGAAAAGGGGACUGAUGCCAGGCCUCACUUUCUCCAAUGAACUUAUUAGCAGAGAUGAAGGACUCCAUUGUGAUUUUGCUUGCCUGAUGUUUCAGUAUUUAGUGAAUAAACCAUCAGAAGACAGAGUCAAAGAAAUUAUUAUGAAUGCAGUUGAAAUUGAGCAGGAGUUUUUGACAGAGGCCUUACCAGUUGGCUUGAUUGGUAUGAAUUGCACCUUGAUGAAACAAUAUAUUGAGUUUGUGGCAGAUAGGUUACUUCUGGAACUGGGUUUUUCUAAGGUCUUUCAAAGAGAAAAUCCCUUUGACUUCAUGGAAAAUAUUUCUUUGGAAGGAAAGACCAAUUUCUUUGAGAAGAAGGUUGCAGAGUAUCAGCGUUUUGCAGUGAUGGCUGAAACAAAUGAGCAUGUAUUUACUUUAGAUGCUGACUUCUAGCUGCCUUCAUCAGAAAACAAAUCUUGCCAAGAUAGUCAAUACUGGUUGCUGCAGAAGUUUCACUGGAAGUGGAGUGUUCUGGGAACAUUUUAUCAGCUUCCUGUGGUUGAUAGAAGUUUUAAUAUAGUAUAUUUAUUUCAGGUUGUGAUGUAAACUUUUUAAAUGGGCAUCUGGGUACUCUGUCACCAGUUCCUUUUAUGAAGUUAUGCAACUUUUAUACUUUGUGUAGAGAUAUUAUUAUGACAUUUGUGUAAUUUUCAAUUGCAAAUUAUUUUUUCCAAAAAUCGGGCAGUAUCUGUGUUUGAGCUGUAAGUGUUGGUUGAGUUGAAUAAGAGUAAUACCAAAAGCUUUACUUGCAACAUAGAAAACACACACAUGCACACAUCCUGUUAAUCAGACCAGAGGACAACAAUCUGUUCCUAUUGAGGCAAACUGGGAAGCUUGCAGAUGGGACAUUUGGAUGGAAAAUCAACUUAGUGUGUAAUCCUAGGCCUCUUUAGAUACAAAAGCCCUACAACACCCAGCAUUUUCCAGCCAUUGUGCCCUUAGGUUAACUGUGCAGAUCUUUCUGGGGUUACUUCUAUGUAACUGUACAGAGGGUUGCACUGUUGACCCAAGAGCCAUGUUGGAUUGGAGAAAUGCUUACCUAGUUUAGCAUCCUGUUUGCUACAGGGUCAAAAACAAGAGAAAAUAUUUUCAAGUGCCAUGAAAAGCUUAGAUACACCUGACUCAUUUCAGAAAGUUAUUUCCUUCCUUGAGGGCUUCAAAUAAAAAUUUACUGUAAAACAUUAUUAACAUUCUCAAAAGCAAAUUAAAUGUGCUAUAGAACAUUAUUAUCCUUUUACAAAGCAUAUCUCAAAGUUGCAACACUUAAUUUUAGUAUGGACAUGCAAAGUUCCUUUCAGUGAUAAAUCCAAAUCAUUAGAAAUAUUGUAUAUGAAACAUGAAACGUACAUUAUUUUUGCACCCGUAAUAUGUGAAAAGAACCUACUCAUGUUAAAAUAAAAGCACUGCCAUUAGUA